CUGUCAGCUGAGCACUUUCCCAGCGGACUGAAAUAACUAAAGUAUAAAAACAAUUACAUGUCGCUUUAAAGCGAGAAAUACGACGGAAUUUCAGCAACCGUUGUUUUUUUAUUUCGUCGACUGUGCUCGAGCGGAUUCAUUCCAGUUCGGCGUUUUAUAUGACGCUCGCGAGACCAGCCGCUGUUUAACGGUUUUCUCCGACUGUUGAGCUCGUCAAACGAUUUCACCAGUUUUAUAGUGUUUUGUUAUUUCGACGGUUUUAUAUUAACAUUUAUUCCUAUGUUCAUUUGAUCAUUAAUUGUGGUGACCAGUGGUCAGCAGUAAUCAGCAUAAUGACUUCUGGAGCAACAGCUGAUAAGAAAAGACAGAGUUCUGAACGGAGGAAGGCAAGGUGUCGUGAUGCAGCACGCUGUAGAAGGGUAAAGGAGACAGAGGUGUUUACUGAGCUGGCCAAUCAGCUUCCUCUCCAUCACAGCAUCAUCUCAGGACUGGAUAAAGCUUCGGUCAUUCGCCUUACAUUGAGCUACCUUCAUCUACGUUCUGCCCUCAACACAGUGAAGAUGGAUGAGCUGGAGUUGGACACGCAGUGGACUUCCUCCUUUCUGAAGGCUCUCGAUGGCUUCCUCAUGAUCCUCUCUAAGGAUGGAGAUGUUGUCUAUGUGUCCGAAAAUGUCAGCAGGUGCCUGGGGAUCCCUCAGCUUGAUCUGUCAGGACAAAGUGUGUUUGAUUUCUCACAUCCAUGUGACCAUGAAGAGAUCAGAGAGAUGCUGGUGCACAACAGAACAGGUUCCUGUAAGAAAAUGAGGGAUGAACAGAGUUGCUUGUUCAGGAUGAAGUGCACUCUGACCAAUAGGGGGCGCACCAUCAACAUCAGAUCUGCUACAUGGAAGGUGCUGCGUUGUUCUGGACACAUUCGUGUGGAGUGCACUCAGAAGAGUGAUUGCGAGGAAAAAAGUGAACCUGUCUCCUACCUGGUGCUGAUCUGUGAGCCGAUCCCUCAUCCUGCUGAUAUUGAGGUUCUUCUGGACUCCAGAACAUUUCUGAGCAAACACACACUCGACAUGCGGUUCAUCUAUUGCGAUGACAGGAUCACAGAGUUGUUGGGGUAUGACCCUGAAGAUCUGCUCCACCAUUCUGUAUAUGAAUUUUACCAUGCUUUGGACUCAGACAGUCUCACCAAAACACACCACAACUUGAUGGUGAAAGGCCAGGCAUGUACCGGUCAGUACCGUAUGUUGGUGAAGAGUGGAGGUUUUGUGUGGGUGGAGACCCAGGCCACCGUUAUUUACAACAACAAAAACUCUCAGCCACAGUGUGUCAUCUGUCUAAACUACGUCCUCAGUGGUGUUGAAGAGCCUGGACUCGUUCUCUCUCUUCAUCAGUCUGCAAUAAAGGAGGAGACUGAGGACAAGUGUGAGAGACAGAGUGAAAGAGAAAAGCAGGAUGUGGUAGAUCAGGAGAAAAAGGGAGAUGAGGAGAAACCAGAGACGAGUGAUGAAGAAAUGGAGAUACAGACGGACAUUGCUGUUACACUAGACUUCAGUCACAGUGAAACAGAAGUGACACUGAUGAAGGACGAGCCUCUCUACAAUGAUGUCAUGUUGCCCAGCAUUCUGUCACCACUGUCACCUGUCAGUGAAGCCCCAUGUGAAAGCAUAAACACUACUCCGUCACAGCUAGAGAACUUUUCCUUUCCUCCAUCCCCUGCAACAAAUUCUUCCAGUUGCUGUUCCAGUCAGGAAGGAGAGGAUUUGGCUUUGGAGAUGUUGGCUCCCUAUAUCUCCAUGGAUGACGAUUAUCAGCUUCAGAUGCGCACAACAGUGAAAGCCAAGGGUUUAAGUUUGGCUCUAGGAGAUCCACCACUUAACUCGAACCAGGAAAACACCAGCACCACAAACAUGAAUGCAAAGUCCAGCAAUACAGAACAAAGAGCUCAUCAGCUGGGCGUAUGUCACUCCCCUACCACACUGCCAAGCCUAAAGAGGAAAUUAGAAACAAUUUACCCAUCUCAGCCUGCAGGGCUGGUUGUUACUGAGUCACCUCAGAUCAAGAAGACAAAGUUCAUAGUUUCAGAGGCUCUUCCAACAGUUUCCCUGCCUGAGACACUGACUAUACUACUGCUGCCACCUGAGGUCUUAAACCAGUUAAUGACUGGGUCUUUGCUUAGUGGAGCCAUUUUGAACCCACUGCCAAACCUUAGUGGUUUCAACUAUGAUGCUACUCCACCUGUAGCUUUGCAGCACAGUUUACAGGGGGAGGAACUUCAGCCUAAACUGGACCAGGUCAUUUAGAAAAAGACUCACCGUACACGAUUUAUUCUUCAUUAUAUUUCAACUCCGAUUCCUUACUGAGAUUUUAUUAGGGCUGCACAUUAUUGACUAAAUUAUUACAAUUAUUUGGCACAACUAUUUAAGAACAACACAGGAAACCAAUCCAAGCGUACUUAUCAGCUUUAACGGAAGAACUUACGCAAAAAAUUACACUGUUAUUAGGGUGAGAACAUAUUUAGAUGCAUCUCAAUUCUUGAAACAAUUCUGCAUUGAGGCACAGAUUUCCAUCAGCAUUUUUACCUUUAACACUUAUAAUUAAAUAAAUCCAUUGCAAACUGAACUUUUCUGCAAUCUGCCGCUUACAAAAGUAGUAGUAACUCUAGUGUUCAUGAGCAUAGUCCUAGAACUGUAGUGUGUGAUUUUGUAACUGGGUGGAUCACGCCUCACCACUAAAGUACCAGAAGUAACCGGCUAGGAACACUAGAUUCUGUAACUGUGCCCCCUGCUGAUCUCCAGGGCAGGUGGGCCUGUGACAAAUUAGGACUGCUGCCCUUUGUUUUGUCCAUAGUAAUAUAGAGGUGUUCCUGCUUUACAAUGAAAUACAUUUCAUUCAAAACUGCACGUGAAUAAACCAUCAGAACUGUCAGUCAAUAUUGUAAGUUGUUUUCAAGCUUGUCGUUCAGUGGCACCGCAGCAGAAAGCCACUUUGUCAUCAUGUAAAACGCAUAAGGUGUUUCAAUAUAUUAAAUCAAAUAAAUUAAAUAAUAAAUACACGUAUAAAAUAAAUAUUGAAGCAAACAACCACACAGCUAUCGAACAAUCCGGAAAAGAACUGAGAUGCAUCAAGAUGUGGCAUCUGAACUGUUUACAGAUCACCCGUCAUAUCUGAACCCGAACGGGUGCCUUUGUCAUAUGACGGCAAACACAAAGGCUAGAUAGCACAAAACAUUUUACAGAUUAAUCAUUUGGAUUCUAGUAUAAAAAUCCUGCAUAUAAACUACCUACAUUUAUAUUUGCUCCUGUAAAUCCCCUGAAAAGUUAGAUGUGAUGUUAUGAUACUGCUACAGAAUUACAUUAACAGUAUAACGAUCUUUCCAAGCUGAUGAUCUUUCACUUAGGCUUCAUAGACGUCAAUAAAUACGCACAUUUAUCUUUUUUAUUUCACGCACAAGCACACAGUGUAUGUAAUUUAUAUGAUGUUUAUUCAUCACACCGCUUCAAACGCACAACUGUACAUAGAGUUGUUUGCAUUAAGUGAACAGAUAUUACCAGCAAAUCAUGCAAUAUGAUUUAUUUUAUAAUAAAAACAUUGUAUGUUGUUAACGGUCUUAGAGCAAAAGUGAACAUAGUCCGAUGUCUACUGUAUUUGUCUGUGUGUAUUGUAAAAUGCCAUUAACAUCUAAUUGUCUAUUGUCCAGAGAUUUUAAAAUAUAUACGUAAAAGUAAGUUCAAAACUAUUAAAUAUAUAAAAUAUAGUAUUUACUAUAGAUAUAUUUACAAGACAUAUUUUAAUGCUAAAGGAUUAUACUUUUUGAAGUAGGUUCUGCUACGAUAAUAUUGAUAAUGUAUUUUUAUGAUAAUUCAAAUUAUUACAUUUAUUAAAAUUCAUGUAAAAUUAAUUGUAUUAGUGUGGGCAUUGAGUGGCACAAUGCUCUAACACAUUAGCCCACCACUGUUGAGAUCUGGGGCUCUGCAGGGUUUGACCCUCAGCGGUGCUAUCGGCCAGUCGUGCGUCUACAUACAGACAUGAUUGACUAUGUCUGAGGGGAGGGUGGCUAAACAGCCAAGCCAUUGGGAGUAGCACUUGUCAAUGCGCUACCUCUGCAGGCCCAUGCCCGGACACAAUAAGGAGGAUUAUGUCAGGCAGGGCAUCCGGAGUAAAAACUGUUAUAUUUAAAAUGUUAUAUUUAAAAAUAAAGUCAAAAGUCAGUGUGCAGAGCACAAAUACACUUUACACAACCCUCCAAAACAGGCUGGUACGACAAAAACUAGAAUUAGAUCAAAUCAAAAAAAGAAAGGGGCACUCCGGUGGUGCAGCAGUCUAAUGCACCCAGUUUUUAGGACAGUUGGUGGGAUCUGAGGGGGGCAGAUUGGAAAUCAGCUUUAUGUUGCUAUAACAGUGAAUCCUAGUGGCUGGUUGAGGUGCUGAUAUGAACAUUGAUGAAAUACUCUCUGUAAUAAUCAGCAGCUGGACUGUAACGAUAACACAGUGCCGCCAGUGUGUGUGGUGCAUGAAAGAAAGAAUUAGUAUUAGGAGUUCCAAUCACCCUUUAAAUAUGCUGUCAGAACAGCUCUGACCUGCCGACACAUUAACCUCACAAGACAUAAGAAGGAGUACCAGGUCAUUACCAGCUAGAUCCUACCAGCUGGAUUCUAAAGUGCAUCCUGGUGCAUCUCUUCAAUGUAAUCUUUGAGAAAAGAGGAUUCAUGGGACCAAUUCACCUUUAUCUGUUGCUCCAAUGUCCAGUUCCGUUUGGAAGUGGGUAGCACUGUCGCCUCACAGCAAGAAGGUCCUGGGUUCGAUCCCCAGGUGGGGUGGUCUGGGUCCUUUCUGUGUGGAGUUUGCAUGUUCUCCCCGUGUCUGCGUGGGUUUACUCCGGGUGCUCCGGUUUCCUCCCACAGUCCAAAGACAUGCAAGUGAGGUGAAUUGGAGAUACUAAAUUAUCCAUGAUGAACUGAUGAACCUUGUGUGAUGAGUAGCUACUGUUCAUGUCAUGAAUGUAACCAAAGUGUAAAACAUGACAUUAAAAUCCUAAUAAACAAACAAAAUCCAGUUCCGAUUUCUGUGUGCUCACUGUUAAUAAAUAACGAGGCUACUGAGAGGGUCUUACUAAACAAACACACUUUUAUUGGCAUUUUUUCUGGGUGCAUUUGCCCAAUUUCCUCCCAAUUUAAUUGUUGCCAGUUACCCUAUUGCAACUGUUUUGCUGCUUGCACCACCCCUGCACUGGCCGAGAAGCGCUGAGACUAUCAUGCUUCCCUUCCGAUACGUGUGCAGUCAGCGUGUGCACCUUUUCUAUCUUCUGCCGGUUGCUGAGUCAUACAGAUUAGACCGCUGCACUACCUUGGUGCCAUUUCCUUGAAUUUAAGGGUAAAAUGACGCAUGCAUGUUUAUGUUGUAACUGUAUUAAAAAAAAAGCGAUUCAAUAGCACCCUAAAUUUACAUACCCGAUGUGUUUCUCCUGACGCAGUUGCUGUAUUGUUGCUCAUUGUAAGUGUAAAAUCAUUUAACUGUGGGGUUCAUGUCUCUCUCUGUGUGUUGAAUUAAAGUGUCUGUAGAUGUUUA